CUUGUUCCACCACAGUUUGCAUCGUUUGCCCCAAUCAACCCGCCCUACUGCGCCACUUCGCCUCACACCAACCCCAGCCACAUGCCGACCGCCGACCACCGAUGAUGCUAUUCCGUUCCACCCAAUUAUGCGCCGCCUAUUAUUUCUGAGUAGCACCUGCGCGUGGAUCUCCCUCCCACACACCAAAGAGAGCCCGGCCACUCAUUCCUCAGGGACCAAGUGAUACACAUCGACAAAACCCGACACCAUUGUCUCGGCAAUUAUAUCCGCGCAGUGACAUCCCUCGGAAACACGCCGUCACCAUGUCCAAAGCGGGAACGUGGAUCAAGAUGUUCGUCGUCGGCACGGUGAUCUGUGUCGGCGGCCCGGCACUCGUCCAAGCGAUCCGUCCUACCGAUGAAGAAUUGUUCAAACGGUAUAACCCGGAGCUCCAAAAGCGGAGUCUGGAGGAAGGGGAUCGUCGCGCGCAGGAAUUCGAUGAUUAUGUGAAUCGCCUGAAGCAGUGGUCUAAGUCGGAUAAGUCGAUCUGGGUUGCGGCUCAGGAACAACAGGAGCAGAUGCGGACGCAGGCUGCGGUGCAGCGCACCCAGGCGAAGGAUGAGGCGAAGGCUCAGCGUGAGGAGAUGCGCAAGGAGUUGCUGGGUGAGAAAUAAUCUCGUGGGAUUAUGCGCGCGCGAGGCGAGCUGUAGCGUGGUUGAUUGAAAGGUAUAUCGGGUGUUGGUUUUAUCCCAUAUACCCCCUUGUCUGUAUUUAUACCCGUGGUCGCUGGGCCGAGGGAGUUAAAAGCUUGGUGCAUGAAUCAUGGGCGAGUCUUUUUGCCGGGAGUUAUCGGUUGGGCGCUUUACUUGUUUGCAUAUAUGAAAGAUGAACGGAUGAGAUGAUUGUAUAGUAUUGUCUACAGGUAUAUUCUCCGUUCUCAAUCUAUCCGACGGCUACAUUCUAUCUUAGGUAGCGGGUAUUUGCAUGACAGGUUCGAAGUAGAAAGACGCUUGCAUUGGUAUUUUGCCUUGAAAUAUACACACGAAGAUCAUAG